AUGGGACUCAACCAACAGACCGGUGUGCUCGAAAAAAUGGUAUCAUUCCGCGAAACUAACUUCGACGACGGUAAUCGUUUGCCAGACCGAACUUCAUCAUUCGUCUCAAAUUUGAAAGGAAUCACUGACGUCACCAGCUCACGAGGCAAGGAUCAACCUCUUCAAUGCUUGGGUGCACUGAAGAAAAAGAAGAAAUAUAGUUAG